AUUAAAUAUGACUGAAAACAGUACACUUAUUUCGCCAUCUCCUGAGUUUGAGAUGCUCUAAUGGGCUUUUUGGUUUUGUUUAAGCAGGUCCAAGACCCCCACACCUGCCCGACUGUCCUGAAUCCCUGUGGUGACACUCCUCCCCUAUUGGUCUGACCAUCGGCGGACCAAAGACGGAAUGCGUGUGGCCUCUCAUAAAUAGUCCGCGUUUCCAUGAGUCCCGCAAACCGGCCACAAGCUUCACCAACCACAGUCGCGUCCAGCACAUGGUCUCCAACCAUGACCCUUUCCCAGGAUUACGAAAAAGUGCAGCGUACCCCCGUCUCUUCUGAAGACGAUGAAAUAGACACCGUCGGAGGAGACCAUAGCGACCGAGAGUAUUUCAUCAUGCCUUGCAAGGACCCCGCGGAGGUGGACCACUCAGGGUCCGAGUCUUCAGGAGAGAGCGAUAGCAGCUUCUCCACCCCGUCCGCUCCAAAGCAAAACUCCGCCGUCAAACCUCCCUAUUCCUACAUCGCCCUCAUAACCAUGGCGAUCCUCCAGAGCCCGAUGAAGAAGCUGACCCUCAGCGGCAUCUGCGACUUCAUCAGCAACAAGUUCCCGUACUACAAGGAGAAAUUCCCCGCGUGGCAGAACUCCAUCAGACACAACUUGUCACUCAACGACUGCUUCAUCAAGAUCCCACGAGAGCCUGGAAACCCGGGGAAAGGGAACUACUGGUCCCUGGACCCUGCAUCUGAGGACAUGUUUGACAACGGCAGCUUUCUGCGCAGAAGAAAAAGAUUCAAGAGGAACCAACCCGAGUUCACCAAAGACAACCUGCUGCUUUUCCACCCAACGUUAAGUUAUCGAGCAUAUGGGCGUCCUUACUGCGUUUCUGGGCCGGUUCCAGCCCAGGCUAAUCCUAUUGGAUAUUUGCCAGUGCCGGAUGGCAUCAUGGUGCCACCUCCACAUUUCCAAUAUCAGACUCUCAACAUUAAGGUCCACGAAGCUCCAGAAAUCCAGCAAAGGCCCGAGCACAAGACCCAGAAGUGUUCGUUCAGUAUUGACAGCAUAAUGGCCAAAUCAACGGCGUCUCCUCGCAAAAACUCUGCUCAUCAUCUCACACCUGACUACAGUUAUGUAUUUGCCAGGCCGACAUCAUGUGUGACUCCAAGUUUGUUACCAGUGCCAACAAGGACUCCUGUGCUGAAGACUGUUCCUUUCACAGAAACUCUGCGGAUGGUGUACCCUCCUCAUUGUUGA